AUGGGGCGGCCGCAGAAGCAGAAGAAGAACAGGGGAGUGGGUCCGUCGGCGGCGGCGGACGCGCCUCCGGCACCGUUACAACCUGACAACCCGGAGCAUGCGCAUAUGCUCGCGAACGUCUGGAUGAACGCGGCUAAACUAGGGGACUUGGUGAAAACGGAAGGUCUGGUCUACAAGAAGGGCAAGUUUUCCGCGACGGAGGACCAGCAGCUCAAUGAUGCGAUCGAACGCUACCGCGUGACGCACGGCCUCUCUCAAGAGGACUUGGACCAAAUCAUAUUCUCAAACAAGACAGGCAAGGACAAGGGACACGAGUCGUUCUGGUCCGAGAUCACGUCGGCGCUGCACCUGCGUCCCAUCAUCUCUGUUUAUCACCAUGUGAGGCGGGCACGCCAUCCCUUCUCCGGGAAGGGCUCAUGGACAAAGACGGAAGAUGACCUCCUGCUUGAGUGCAUGAACAAUCUGGGACAGCAGUGGGAGAAGAUCAGCGACGUCGUGCAUCGGACGGCCGCGGACUGCAGGGACAGAUACCGAAACCAUCUCCAAGACAGAGAAGUGCGCCGCGUGGGCGCGUGGACUAAGGAAGAGGAGGACGAGCUGACACAGAUAGUGUCGGAGAUGACCGUCGAACAAGGCAAGGAUAUGGAUAACGAUAUCUUCUGGGGCGUCGUGAGCAAGAAGAUGGGCGGGAAACGCGGCCGGCAACAAUGUAGAAUCAAGUGGACGGAUUCGCUAGCGCCACAGCUCAAGAACACAGGCGAGAGGCCGAGAUGGAGUGCGAUGGAUGCGUAUAUCCUUGUGCAUAAGGUCGAUUCAUUGAACGUGCGAGACGACACGGAGAUCGACUGGAAGCUCCUCCCAGACGAAAAUUGGAACGUCUGGAGCGCACAUUCACUGCAAAGGCGCUGGCUCACAAUGAAACGGAGCAUCAAGGGCUUCGAGGAGAUGUCGCAUGCGGAGAUAAUGGAGAUCCUGAAGACCAAGAAGGCGCAGUCACCGCCGCCGUCAUCGGCGGGGCGAAAGAAAAAGAACAAAGUGACGAGUGCGGAGGCGGUGAACGACGGAGACGAGGGCGAAGGGCAACCCGAAGGAGGGGGCAGCGUAGGUCCAGGAACCGCGGAGUAA